CUCAUUCAAUAUUUAAUGAGCAUUAUCUAUUACUUACACAACAGCACCACACUAUCGCUGAUAUUGACAUAAUGCAAUGCAUUUUAUUUGAUUUACUUUAUAUCUUACUAAAGCAUUGUUUGUGGGUAAAUUUGAUCACGAUAAAUACUCAAUUUAAUGUGAUAUAAAAUAAAAUUGUUUUCAAAAAAACAUUCCAAAAUGGCAUUUUUUCUUCUUUUGGAGCACAAUUGUUCAUCAUUGUUUGACUACUGUUUUCAAAAUAAUUAUUAAAAACUAACAAAAGUAAAACAACAACAACAACACGAACAAUCGAAAGUAUGUGUUUAUUAUGCAGACACAGUAGAUGACUGACCGCAAUGCUUAUUUUGAAAUUAUUUUAUGAAAGUGGACUUAUCAUGCAGAACAAAAAAAUAUUGAUAUGGUUUCUCAACCUAUUAAAUGAAUCUGAAACAAAAAGUACAUUUACGUUAUCAUUUUCAAGGAAAUAUAUAUACAGCUCUCUGCUACCUUCUAAAUAAUGAAAUUUACAACUAUAACUAGGUCACUUGUAAACAAAUAUACAUUAACUAUUAUUAGAGCAUUCUAUUUGUGAAAUAUAACGUCACUGAUGCUAUGUUUACCGCUUACAAGUCUAUUCACGAAGUCGAUACGGACAUGCGCGUUGGCGAUUGUUCGUUCAAUGCGGCAGUAUAAAUACCGCGCUUUCGCUUCAGUGUGAUAAACCAAUGUGUCAAUAUACAAACGGAUAACUCAAAAACAGCUUCGAAGAAUUUUGCGUACAGUAGCUCCCCCUUAUAUAACAUCAGGCUUCGGUAUGGCUCUACCGAACGGUAACAUGGAGAUCGUUUUCUCAUUCGACACGACGGGGAGUAUGUCGAGCUGCCUCGCAGAAGUUCGAGGGCGCGUCUCCGAUAUGGCACAGAGGCUGCAGGCUGACAUCCCCGGUAUUCGGAUUGGUAUCUUCGCGCACGGUGAUUAUUGCGACAAGCACAACUACAUAACGAAACACGUUGAUCUUACCACUGACAUUGCAAAACUAAUGGAUUUUGUGCAAAAGGUGAAAGCAACGAGCGGUGGCGACAGCGACGAAUGUUACGAGCUUGUCCUACACGAGGUACGCACUAAAUUGUCCUGGACACCGGGCACACAGAGGGCACUCGUCAUGAUUGGCGACUGUAACCCUCAUGAACCCAACUAUCCCCAAAACAAGCUGAAACUGGACUGGAGAAAAGAGGCAGAUGCUCUGGCUGGCAUUGGCGUCCGCAUUUACAGUGUCCAGUGCGCAAGCUACGGCGCAGACCAUUUCUACGGGGAUAUUGCUAAGCGCACCGGAGGUCAGCAUUUGAGGCUCAGCGACUUCAAGAAUGUUUUCGACUUUCUAAUGACCGUUUGCUAUCGUGAGAAGAGUGACGAUCUAUUCACUUCUUAUGAGAAGGAGGUUCGAGCUCGAUGCGGGACAGUGAACAAAGACCUAGAUAAGCUGUUCGGAGACCUGAGGGACAAGGCCCCAAUGGACGUUGAUUCAGACACGUCAUCGAAGUCUGACAAGCCGCUUCCGAAGGCGAAGAAAUUUGUGGCAGCAAAAAAGGUUGGAGUAAAGAAAGCAGUCGCAGCCAAGAAAGUUUCGGAAGCAAAGAAAGUUGUGGCAGCAAAGAAGGCUGUUGAAACAAAGAAGGCAGUGGGAGCAAUGAAAGUGCCUGCUUUCAGAGCCAAGUCCCCACUAAAACGUCUUAGGAAACCCAAAAGAAGUCUUGAUAAGUUUGCUGAUAAAAAUCUCCCAAAGCUGCGACGCGAAAACGUUCCCGAAAACAACUUCCUGCUAAGGGAAUUGAAUUGGAGCCCCUGGAAACUGAUUAUGUCAACACUGAAGGUCGAAGAAGAAACCUGCAUCCCUAGAAAAGCUUGCGGUUUCCGAGUUAAAGAAUUGUUUGGCGACCAAACCAAAGUCCCUGCUAUUUAUGAGGUUGCCAUUCAGCCAAAAUACCGCUGCAGAAAGUAUGUGGUAUUCAGAAAAAUGUGUCGCCGUGGAUUUUGUUCGGAAAAAAGAUGGGAACGAAACAUUUUUUCGGGGGGUAACCUUCAGCAGCAGUUGUCUAAAUGUCUUCAAAACAAUUGUAAAGUUUACAUCAGAAGAGUGAUUUUGAAGGAUGACAAGCUUUCGACAGCGGUCAGAAAAAAUGUUUCAAGAUACGAUUACGCCUGGAAGAAUGGAAAAUCGAGCAGCUCUGAGCAACGGGAAGUGACAAGGGCUGGGGUGCAGAUUUCGUUUUAAAAGAUAUUUUAAAGGAACACAUGCGAACAUUGAAUAUGAACUUAUAUAAACUUGUCUUAAGGGGUAUUUUGCAAUGUACUUUUUAAUUGUGCUGUAAAUAAUAUUGCUAUAUCGUAUACCAUGUGACUGUAGUAUUUUAACAUAAUUGGUUCAUGUUCAUAUUAGUACAAAAAAUGUACUAUUUUAUUUGUAUAUACAAUAUACUUUAAUCGUAACAUUUAUUUGUACAUACUUUGUUAUUCAUAAACGUGGUUAUAACAUUGUUGAUAAAACAUUUAUAUUGUGAUGUGAAUAAAAAUAAACUAGA